AGGACAAAAACGGAGCUUUUCCUCUGUGGUCCCAGGGCACCACAGCACCGCCCGCCACACUGCCACCUACAAGCGGAUGAAGAGAACAGCCAGGAAGUGCAAAACCCGUACGUUUGUUGACAGGAGUUUAUUUUAAGACCACGAGUGUGAUCUUGUAAAACGUUUCGCUGAGUUGAAAUCAGCACAUUAUAUGGCACAGUACAGCGAUAUAGGAGGAAGAAGAGGGAGAAGAGGGAGAGGAAGUCGUGGUGGAGAGGACAGAGAUGUUCAUCUGUCUAAAUCCAUGUCUUACGCUCUUCGCCAUGGAGUCAACCAGAUGGGUCUUCAUAUGGGUACAGACGGAUUCCUGUUUGUGGAAGAACUCCUGGCUCACCCGCAGUUCCGCUCAUACUCAUUGGAAGACGUCGAAAGAGUCGUGGCCACAAAUGACAAGCAGCGCUUUAAGCUCCGCCCCCACCCAGAGGAUGGCCGCAUGCAGAUUCGAGCCAAUCAGGGUCAUACAGUACAGGUAAUGGAUUUGGAGCUGAAACCGGUCCUGGCUGGUUCUCCAGACUGCCCUGCUGAGGCAGUUCAUGGCUCCUACCUUCGCAACUGGACCUCCAUCCAGCAGCAGGGCCUGAGGCGCAUGAAAAGGACACACAUCCACCUGGCAUCAGGCCUGCCAGGGGAGGAUGGCGUCAUCAGCGGUAUGAGAAAAGACUCUGAUCUAGCCGUGUAUAUUGAUGUCCCCAGAGCUCUCGCUGACGGUAUUGAGUUCUUCUGGUCAGAAAACAGUGUGUUGCUGACUGCAGGCGAUGCUGAGGGAAAACUUCUCCCUAAAUACUUCAGCCGUGCCUUAAGACUGAGACCUACAAGGAGCAUCCUGCCUCUGCAGUAGCAGCAGAAGAUACUGUUGUCAUUGGUGAUAGCAGGACUCCCCUGACUGUGCUAGCAUGCCAUGGUUGGUUGAUGCUUAUCCUAGUUCCCUUGGUAACACUUGUUUGGCAGGAGCAUCGCAGCGAGAUGUGGUUUGGUCAGCAACAGGAGAGUCCAUUCAGAAAUCAUUCUCAGUGGGACUCAAUUGGUAAACUUUUCAUUAUGGAAAGGAUCUGGAUGGCUUUAGGGAAGCAUGCUUUAUUUUUAUAUGACAAUUCAAUCAUCUUAUGCUGGCAAAUGUCCCUUUUCAUUUAUGAGUAUAGAGGCUUUGUUAUCUCUACUGCAUUGUUAGUGAGAAAUACAUUUUGGCGUACAUUGACUAACAAGAUAAUUUCAUAGCAGUUUUAAAAUAUAUAACCCCAGUCACAAACACACACUGACAGCUGGCAACAACCAGCCAGGCCUUCACUGUAAAUGGAGGAAUCUUUGAGGAUAUUUUGUAUGUGUGGUUAGCGUUAGUCACGUGACUAAGAAUGGGAAAGCAGAGGAUGCAGACACUGUGGUUUAGUUAACGGACUGCUUUUGACAGUUUCUUGUAAGAUAUGGACACACACACACACACAGCAUGUGCCGGGAGAUAAAUGGUUUGAAACUUGAAAAAACAACAGAAAUGAUGAUCACAUGUCACGACCAUAAGGAAUGAAGACAACAGUAAAUGAAUAGUGAAUUGCUGUAUUUAUUUGAAUACAUGUUUAUUCAUAUAUUUAUUAAAGAAAACAUAAUAGUUUGUA